CUCACGAGGCAGCGCCGCACAGCGUCGACAGUUCUGGAGCCGUCGCGACGCCACGCGGCACCGUCUCCAGCCGACGCCAAGAACGCCGUCAGGUCGAGUGCUUCCAGGUUUCGCUCUCCUCACCUUCACCGCUGUCGUGGCGAGGAUGGCGCUCUCGGAGAGGCGCUGCUGAGGGACCGACGAGCUGAGCAGCGGGUGAGCUGCGAUGGGCGUGUGCGAGCUUGGCAGCAGCGAUCCUCACAGCGUUCACCAUGAAGAAGGUGUGCUCGUCCAUCGCGCACAACCUGGACUUCCGCCGCAACGUCCUCGGCGAGAAGCUGAGCUCCGACUUCAUCAAGAUGCCGUUCACCAUCAGCGCCAUGGCCGAGGCCGUGAUCCCGACUUCAGUGGCGGCCUCGGCGGCCCCGGUGGCGCUGUCGGCACGCCCGGAAAACCCGGACACGGCGGCCCCCGCGGCCCCCGCGGCACCGCCCCCGGAGUCCGCGCCCCUGGAAGCGGGGUCCUCGGAGAGCGCCGCAGUGGCCGCAGCGCGACCAACGACGUCGUCCUCGGGCGCCGUCGCCGCGAAGACCUCCACCACCACCGCCAGCAGCACCACCACCACGCCGACGCACUCGUCGCCCUUCGUGGUGACGCCCGUCGACGGCGACAUGUUCCGCACCAUCGUCAAGCCCUCACGCUCGGAAAAGCGUCGGCGCCGCACCGGGGCGGGCUGUGUCGCUGAUCCCCCCAUCGUGUUCCAGGAGGCCACCGGCUUCCUCAGCAACCUCGUCAAGUACAGGAAAAUCUCCCCCGGCCUGAUGCCCCCGUGCUCGCCCGGCAGGUUCCGCCGCAAGACGUCCGAGACGGAGGCGCCCUUCCCGCCCCUUCCGGCCGGGGGUCCCGGUCCCGUGCGAGCUCGGGCGUGA